AUGGCCAGCACCAUGUCGGCCUACAAGGAGAAGAUGAAGGAGCUGUCUGUGCUGUCGCUCAUCUGCUCCUGCUUCUACUCACAGCCGCACCCCAACACCAUCUACCAGUAUGGGGACAUGGAGGUGAAGCAGCUGGACAAGCGGGCCUCUGGCCAGAGUUUCGAGGUCAUCCUCAAGACCCCCUCCGACCUUUCCCCAGAGAGCCCCAUGCUCUCCUCUCCCCCCAAGAAGAAGGACGUCUCCCUGGAGGAGCUGCAGAAACGGCUGGAGGCAGCUGAGGAGCGGAGGAAGACACAGGAGGCGCAGGUGCUGAAGCAGUUGGCGGAGCGGCGUGAGCACGAGCGCGAGGUACUGCACAAGGCGCUGGAGGAGAACAACAACUUCAGCCGCCUGGCGGAGGAGAAGCUCAACUACAAGAUGGAGCUCAGCAAGGAGAUCCGCGAGGCGCACCUGGCAGCGCUGCGCGAGCGGCUGCGUGAGAAGGAGCUGCACGCGGCUGAGGUGCGCAGGAACAAAGAGCAGCGGGAGGAGAUGUCCGGCUAA